AGGCGGCGAAGAUUGCAGAAUCGAUACUCCCCAUUAUCCUCUCCUUUUUGCUCUCACGGGCUCAAGCUCAGACAAUGGCGUCGACGAGUGCUCUGACCACUCAGAUUUCGAACUUGUGCGGAUUCACUGACUGCAAAAAUACUACUUCUUCAUCGCUCUUCUUCUGUAAACUGAGCCCCAACACGAAUCUAGUUAGUACACGGAUGUUUUGUCAGUAUGCUGAUAGUAGGAUGGGGAAUAAUCGUAGAUCUGUUCGUGUUUAUGGUCUAUUUGGAGGAAAUAAAGAAAAUAGUGAGAAAGGUGAUGAUGCACGUUCGAAGGCAGGAUUUCUUGGCAACAUGCAAAAUCUAUAUGAGACUGUGAAGAAGGCACAGAUGGUUGUACAAGUUGAGGCAGUGAAGGUUCAAAAAGAACUUGCAGAGGCUGAAUUUGAUGGUUACUGUGAAGGUGAGCUAAUAAAGGUCACAUUAUCUGGGAAUCAGCAACCUGUGCGAACUGAAAUCACUGAGGCUGCAAUGGAGUUAGGACCAGAAAAACUUUCACUUUUGGUUACUGAGGCGUACAAGGAUGCGCACCAGAAAAGUGUGCAGGCUAUGAAGGAAAGGAUGAACGACCUUGCUCAAAGCUUAGGAAUGCCUCAAGGCCUCAGUGAGGGAUUGAAGUAGUGACAUUCCACCAGCAUACUGGCAUCUCCAACACCGCCCUGUUUUGUAUACAGGGCUGGGAGGCAUUCCCUCUGAAACUGGCAUAUCUCUGGACGAAAUUUCAGUUUUGUAUUCAAGCUUUGGUAGAAAUACCCAAUUGUAGUAUGACCUGGAAAUGAUGUCUUUUCUAAGCAUGGUUUAAGUUACCCUCAACCCCCACAGACAAAAAAGGAAAUGUACUUGGAGCUGAGAUCUGUCAUCUUUAUCAUCCUUGUCAUCCUUGUCAAUGUCAUGUAAUGAAACUGUCCCAUUUUCCAGUUCA